AUGCCUUUCCUGCUGCACCCCCGUCGCAGGGCGUGUGUGGAGGGAUUCCCGCAGCCAGGUGCGGCCACAGGGAGCGCCCUGGAGGGCGCUGCGCCGCACGGCAGCACUCGCGGCAUCGCCGGCCCCAGGGACCGCCGCCGUCUGCUCACCAGGCGCGCUGCAACGGAGCAGGCCCAGGCGCCUGCGGUGGAGGAGGAGGCAGGCGCCGAGCCAUGGACGGCCGAGGGACCCGCCGCGCUGACCCGAGCGGUGCGGCGGCCUCCGCGCCCCGCCAGCGUCCCGCAGUCCGCCGCCAACGCCACCACCGCCGGCAGCGCGGCCAGCGGCGUGGCAGCCAGCGGCGCCGGCCCUUCCAUCCUGGAUGAGCCACUGCCGGACUGGGUGCAGCUGGGGGAGCUUCGGGAGCGGUGGCAGGAGGACCUUGAGGCCAACCAAGCCAAGGUAGCAGAGCUGAAUGAGGGACCACCCAGCCGCCUGGACUUUGUGCUGCUGGGCGACUCCAUCACGGCCUUCAACCGCAGGCAGGACGACACCUGGCAGAGCCACUUUGGCGACCUGGCGGCGCUGCCCCUGGGCGUCAGCGGCAGCACCGUGGAGAUGCUUGCCUGGCGGCUGGCAGUGGGCGGCGAGCGGCCCGAGCCGCCGCCCCGCGUCGCCGCGCUGCUCAUCGGCAUAAACAAUCUGUACAAGGAUGUGUCCGACCCGGCUGUGCCGCUUGAGUGGCUGGUGCGGUGGCUGCGGGCCGCGUGGCCAUACACCCAGCUGGUGGUGCUGGCCCUGCUGCCCACGGACAGGGUGGACGGCGAGCGGGUGGAUGCCGCCAACGCAGACUAUGCAGCUGUGGCGGAGCGGCAGGGCGUGCCCUUUCUGGAGUGCGGGCUGGGCCUGGAUCCAAGAGACGAGUCUUUGUUUAGCGACGGCCUGCACCCAAAUGCGGGCGGCCAGGACGUCUUGCUGGGGUGUGUGCGGGCUGGAGUGCAGGCAUACCUGUUCCCACCCGACCCUGCCCUCGGGUGA